UGUCAACACAAUCUGCGCCAGGGUGCUGAGGCGCUGAGGUGUCCAAAGUGAUGCAUGGAAGGAAGGCCGCCUGCACCUUGAGAGGCGGAUGGAAUCGCUUGCAGCUGCGGCGGGCGACCAAAGCUGUCGCUGCCGUUUUUCACGAGGUCGGCAAACCUUUGGAACUCCAAGAGAUUCCUUUGCCCGACAAGCUGAACGAGGGUGAGUUGCUCGUUCGGAUGGAGGUAGCCACGAUUUGUGGAAGCGACUUGCACACGGUGAGUGGCAAGAGACAGGAACCAAUGCCUUUGGUGCUGGGCCACGAAGGGGUUGGUGUCAUCGAGCGCAUCGGCUCCGAUAUCUUCAGCGGCAACCGGCCCAGGCACCGCGGCUGGAAGCUGCAGGAAGGUGACCGUGUGACCUUCAGCGUGGCGGACUCCUGUGGCCUUUGCCCGGAGUGCACACUACACAAGCUUCCGCAGAAGUGUGUUUCACUGAUGAAGUACGGCCACAGCAGGAUUUCGGAGGGCAGUGGCCUCAAUGGCACGUACGCUAGCCACAUUCUGCUGAGACCAGGGACGCAUGCUGUGAAGUUGCCCAACCAGUUGAGCUCCAGGGUGUGCGCCCCUGCCAACUGCGCCCUGGCCACGGUGGUGAACGCGCUGGACAUGGCUCGGCUACCGAGGUACGGUGCAAACAAGAGUGCAGUGGUUCAAGGCGUUGGGCUCCUGGGAAUCUAUGCCGUGGCAUGGCUUCGGAAGCGUGUAGGGAUGGACAGUGUCUUCUGCCUGGACACCGACGCAGAGCGCCUGAAGACGGCGAAGAGGUUUGGUGGUAUUCCACUGCUGGUCACCGGCGAUGACCAGGAUGUGCUGGAGCGUUCCCGCACCAUCCGAGAGAUGUAUCCCCGUGGGGUGGAUGUGGCCGUGGAGAUGACGGGAGCCAAACACGUGAUCCACGAGGGCGUUCAAUUGCUGCGCAACGGCGGACACUACUCGUUCACUGGAAUGGUGCAUCCAGAUUCACAGCUCUCUUCUUUGACGGGCGAAACAAUCAUCAGAAAGUGCCUGACGAUCCGCGGGGUGCACAACUACACUCCUUGGAAUUUGGAAGAAGCUGUGAAGUUCCUGGAUGAGUUUCGAGAAGAGCUGCCCUUGGAAUCCGUCCUUUCACCCACGAGCUACCGCCUGUCGCAAAUCAAUGAAGCCUUUCAGCAGGCGCACACAGGCUCCUAUUGCCGUGUCGUGGUUGAUUGCCAGAACAUUUGACGGGCAACGCAGCGGCGCUGCUGCGGAAAGUAUCACUUAUAUAAUUUUUACCAUUGCCUGCGAGGUCUUGGUUGCUUCCGUAA